AUGUUUGUAGAGUAUCGAAAUUGGGCCAGUUGCGAGAAGUUUCUGCUGAUGGCCGUCGAAACCGAUAGCCAAACCGCCGAAGAUUUCGCGAAGGUGUGGAAAAAUUCCAGCAAAGAAACAAAGGUGGAACACAGGCUGAAAUGUCGGCUUGCUUCAGACAACGGUCUGAGCACACCUGCUGUAAAUAGCACUGCCGUAAAUCAGGCAACACGAAGCAACAGUGAGCACGCAGUUAACACGGUAACGUAA